AUGGCUCCCAAGACCAUCAUCGCGCCCUCCAUCCUGUCGGCUGACUUUGCUCAGUUCGGCCAUGACUGCGCUCGCACCAUGGAGCAGGGCGCCGACUGGCUGCACGUCGACAUCAUGGACGGUCACUUUGUACCCAACAUCACCUUUGGACCUCCCGUGGUCGCCGCGAUCCGAGGCCACGUCGACCAGCCCACCGAGGCACUUGGCAGAGGCACCUUUGACUGCCACAUGAUGAUUGCAGAGCCCAAGAAAUGGGUCAAGGAGUUCAAGAAGGCCGGCUGCAACCUCUACUGCUUCCACUACGAGGCCGCCUUUUCCAGCGACGCCGAGAGCCCCGAGCAGCAGACCGACGAGAAGACCAACCCCAAGGCGCUGAUCCGAUAUAUCCACGACAACGGUCUGCUCGCUGGUAUCGCUAUCAAGCCUGAUACUUCUGUCGACGUGCUGUGGGAGAUUCUGGAGAACGCCGAGGAGCAGGAACGACCUGAUAUGGUCCUGAUCAUGACGGUUUACCCCGGUUUCGGUGGACAAAAGUUCAUGGCCUCUGAGCUGCCCAAGGUCCAGGCCCUCCGAGAAAAGUACCCCGAGCUCAACAUCGAAGUCGACGGCGGUCUAGGCCCCGGCACGAUCGACCAGGCCGCGGAUGCCGGUGCCAACGUCAUCGUGGCUGGCAGCGCCGUGUUCGGAGCCAAGGACCCCUCCGAGGUCAUCUCGCUCCUGCGCAAGUCGGUGGAUGACCGCAAGGCAAAGUAA